AUGAGACUCCCAGUCACACGCUUUCUCCUCCCCACUCAACUUCUCCCUCUCCCUAUAACCCCUUUAACCCCACCUCUCCCUUCUUGCCACAUCUCUCUUUCCCCCACCUCCCUCUUCCUACCUUGCCCUUCCCCUACUUCCACCCCCAGGCUGGGCAACUACGCUGGGCAACUACAUCGGCGGGUUCCCCCAUUCACCAUGUCUCCGUCGCCUCCCCUCCAUUCCCCUUUUCCCCCCAGGCUGGGCAACUACAUCGGCGGGUUCCCCCAGGCGGCGAUGGACCCUCUGCUGGACCUCAUGUUCCUCCCCUCGGGCCUCAACCUCAAUAUAGUGCGAUUCAAUAUAGGCGGCGGCUCCCUCCCGCGGUACAGCCCUCAGCUAUACACUGAUUCUUCCAUACGUUGGCGGGCCAUGCCGGGGUACUGGCCGGCGCAGGCAGCGGGGUUCAACUGGACGGCAGAUUCAAGGCAGCAGGCGGUGCUGCUGGGAGCCAAGGCCCGCGGGGUGAGCGAGUUCGAGGCGUUUUCCAACAGCCCGCCCUGGUGGAUGACUGAGAGCAAAGACGUUUCAGGGGCAAAGAUGAUCUGGAGGACGAACCUGCUGAGAAGGUACGAGGGGAAGUUUUCCAAAUACCUCGUAAAAGUUGUGGAAGGGUUUGCAAAAAUCCCGGCGCUGGGGAACAUUGAAUUCGAUACGCUAGAGCCGUUUAAUGAAGGGCUGGAGGGGCAAUGGGUGGCUGGGAUGGAGCAGGAAGGGUGUAACUUCAACCCACCUGAGAUGAGCCGAGUUCUUCUCAAGACAUGGCUGGCUCUGCGGAAAAGGAAGCUCAAGACAAAGCUGGAUCAACGUGCACGGUUACCCUCUGCCGUUACGCAUGUACCUGAACGUGACAACUGCGCAGGCUAA